AUGGCGGAGAGCUGGCUGCGCCUCUCGGGAGCGGGGCCGGCGGCGGAGGAGGCCGGGCCUGAGGGCGGCCUGGAGGAGCCGGACGCCCUGGACGACAGCCUCACCAGCCUGCAGUGGCUGCAGGAGUUCUCCAUCCUCAACGCCAAGGCGCCCACCCUGCCCCCGGGGCUCACGGACCCCCACGGCUACCGCCAGGUGCCCGGCUCGGUGGCGCCCGGGUCCCCCCUGGCGGCCGACCCCGCCUGCCUCGGGCAGCCGCACACGCCGGGCAAGCCCACGUCGUCCUGCACGUCGCGGAGCGCGCCCCCGGGCCUGCAGGCCCCGCCCCCCGACGACGUGGACUACGCCACCAACCCGCACGUGAAGCCGCCCUACUCGUACGCCACGCUCAUCUGCAUGGCCAUGCAGGCCAGCAAGGCCACCAAGAUCACGCUGUCGGCCAUCUACAAGUGGAUCACCGACAACUUCUGCUACUUCCGCCACGCCGACCCCACCUGGCAGAAUUCCAUUCGCCACAACCUGUCCUUGAACAAGUGCUUCAUCAAAGUGCCCCGGGAGAAGGACGAGCCAGGCAAGGGGGGCUUCUGGCGCAUCGACCCCCAGUAUGCGGAGCGGCUGCUGAGCGGGGCCUUCAAGAAGCGACGGCUGCCUCCGGUCCACAUCCACCCGGCCUUUGCCCGACAGGCCCCCCCGGAGCCCAGUGCCGCCCCCUGGGCCGGGCCGCUGACCGUGAACACGGAAGCCCAGCAGCUGCUGCGGGAGUUUGAGGAGGCCACGGGGGAGGGGGGCUGGGGAGCGGGCGAGGGUAGGCUGGGGCAUAAGCGCAAGCAGCCCUUGCCCAAGCGUGUGGCCAAGGUGCUGCGGCCCUCCACCACGCUGCUGCUGACCCAGGAGGAGCAGGGGGAGCUGGAACCCCUCAAAGGCAACUUCGACUGGGAGGCCAUCUUUGAGGCUGGGACUCUGGGGGGGGAGCUGAGCACCCUGGAGGCCCUGGAGCUGAGCCCACCACUGAGCCCCGCCUCCCACGGGGACGUGGACCUCACCGUCCACGGCCACCACAUCGACUGCCCCGCUACCUGGGGUCCUUCCGUGGACCAGGCCGCCGACAGCCUGGACUUUGACGAGACCUUCCUGGCUACGUCCUUCUUGCAGCACCCAUGGGACGAGAGUGGUAGCAGCUGCCUGCCCCCCGAGCCCCUCUUUGAGGUGGGGGAUGCCACCCUGGCCGCUGACCUGCAGGACUGGGCCAGUGUGGGUGCUUUCUUGUAAGAGGCCAGACCCCACCCCACCUCCGGACAGUGCCCAAGUCAGGGCCCAGAACUGCCCCCCCACACCGGCCCACGGACAAGCCCACCUUCCCAGGCAGGGGCUGGGCCAGGUCUCCCGGGGCUGGCUCCACCAGGUCACACUGCUGCCAGCCGAGGAUGUCCUCAGAUCCAAGCCCAGGAGGCUGCGAACUGGGGGGGUCCAGGACCAGAAUUGCUGCCUCCCCUCGUCGGCACCCCUCCCCCAUGUACACACAGUGUUUCAUUGAUUCACAUCUCCCUGCCCCUCUCCCCCACCCCGGGACUGAAGAGAGCCGAGGCCUGGAGGGCCCAGCUGGGCUGGGGAGGAGCAGAACUGGGUCCUCCCCAGAGCACCUCACCCUCCUCACCCACUGCCUCCUGCCUCCUCCCCAGGCCUCCGUCCAGAGAAAGUUCCCAGGUACAACAAAUGCUCAUUAGGUGACAGCAAAUUAAGCCCCGGGAGGCCUCUCCCAGCAGCGCCUCCCUGGGGUCCCUGCUGCUGCUAGGAAGGAACAGGGAAGGGGCUGGGCUGGGGGAGGGGUGCAGAAAGGCAGAACGGAGGUAAGGGGGAUGCCCAGGGGGGCAAGAUGUUCCCUAAGGCCUCUGGGACCUUCGCCUGGCCCCAUCCAUAGAGAUGGGGUAGAGGGUACGAACCCCCUAAUCUUUGAGCCCGACUUGAGGCUGAGAGCAGCGGGAAGACGGGGCUCGGGGGUGUCGGGAAGGAGCAGCCAAGCUGCGGGGGUGGGGGUGGGGACAGCCAGACUAAGGUAGUGCACACCGUAGCUGUAGCUAAGCCUUCACCGAGAUGUGCCCAGCUCACUGGAACCUGCGGGCACAGGAAGGGGGCGGCCUCACCCCCCCCUGCCUGCACUGGGGGAGGGGCAGCCGGGCCUGGCUCUUCCCUGACCCCCCACCCCCACCCCAGGGUCUGUGACCUGCAUCCACCUCUCCACAUGGAAGCGAGUUAACAUUUUUCAUGGAAACGUAUUUACAAUAAAAGACAUUUUUAAAAAUAAAAUUUGGGAAAAAAAA